AGAACCAAAGUAGCACCACGCAUCAGUUUUCAUCAAUGCACUUGUCUUUCCUCACGCGGCUGCUCUCAAACGGAUCUCAUGCAUCUCAGACCAGCCCCGUGCACGCGAGCAAAUGCACACAGCUCUGGCGGAGACCUAAACAGAGACUGGAAUCGCGGUGUAAUCAAGAAAGGAGGCGGUAAACCAUCUCCGGGAUAACGAUGGAACUGUAAAAUAAAUACGGAAGGGGGGAACAGGCUGGCUGUCACUGCAGAGCUGAAGCUGCAGAGUGAGAGAGAGACAGAGAAAUACGAAAAGAGAGGGCGAGAGAGGCUGUCUGGCUCCAUGUCUGCCCCUGCGCCUUCCACCCAGAGGUCUGCGUUGGGCUCACGCAGAUUCAACCCUCUGAAGGCUCUGCAGCCCAAACGGCGCUUGCAGCAAAUGCUGUCGUCCUCCUCCUCGCCCGUGCCUGUACCCGUGCCCGCGCCCCCUGCGUGAGACACCCUUCAGUUAUACUGUCCCAGAGAGCAUGCUCAUGUGCCGUAGUCAUAGCUGGACAGACCGGCACAGACAGAGAUCCAUUGAUCUUUGACAUUCACUGAUAAACCCUCCAGAUGCACCAAACAGAAUUGGUGGUACACUGACAUAUGCCAAUAUUAUAGCCAAUAGCUUGAUGAGGUGAUUGACUGAUUUAACAGUGCAUUUACUGAAGAGUACAGCUGUUAAAGUAGUAGUGCUGGCUGGUCAGUCACGCUGGACGAUCUCUCAAACCAUCUUCAAACCGGACCGUAGUUAUUGUGUGGUAGUUUAUAAGAGCAGUCUCUCUGUCCCACCACAUUCUCCUCUCACUUCUUGCAACCACUCUGUACAGGACUAUUCCUCACACAGCGUCAGCACAGCCUGCGUACACAUCAUAACACCAGCUUGCCCCACAUCAGGCACUUUCACACCAGGGUCCAUCUCAAAGGAGAAGAGAUGUAAUGAUGGACUGAAAUUGUGCCGAACCUUAUUUAGCCCACACAUUUUACAUUUUCUAGACCUUUCUUUCCAGGCUUGCUUCCGCUGCAUUUCUCAGCUUGACCGUUUUCUGUUUGUAUGCUGUUGGCCUUUGUCAUAACCUGACAUAACCCUUCCUAAAAUAAAACUGCUUCCAACAGCUGGUUCUAUCUGUUUGGCACUGCUUAUCUCCUCCCACCCAGUCUGGAAGCCAUUGAUUGGGCAACACUACUGUCCUCCUGGAUAACUGCCAGAAUUUGAUUGCUUUGUUUAAUUGCCUGUCAUUAGUAAAUGUACCAAUUUGACAACAGUAACACUAGUACAGGACAGGAGUUGCCCAUCACAGUGCCCCUUCCCCAUUCCUUCACUAAUAAAAUGUAGAAACUACAUGAAUAUGAUUUCAACAGAAUUUCAUUCUACUUUCUUUUGUUUUCUUCUUUUCCCAAUUGUUAAUUCUGCUGACUUUUUGGGGUUUCUUGCUCUGAUGUUGUUUUUGUUAAGGGUUAUGUGAGGUAGGAAUUUCCCCAGAUUGCAGGCUGUAAUUGUGUAUAUUUUUUGGUGUGGUCUCUGAUGCCACUGCUCACCUUUCGUCCUGAGGGGGACAGUAGGGGGGCAGGGUAAGAAGGCAGAAAUGUGUCUGGUCCACAUGUCAGCAUCUUAAUCAUGGUUUAAUCAUUUCUUUGUUUAGGAGAAUAAUGUUUAGAUGAAGUCAUCUUCAGAUGCCCUGUUUGCCUAUAGCAGACCUCGACAGGGCAAGUUCAUGUCUCGUUAGUAGUUGUAAUAUGCCUAUGCUCUCUCUCAUUAAAGAACAAAGCUGUAUUUACACACAUCAGUGUAGAGGAAUCUCCCAGAGCCAAGGAUUAAGUUCUAAUGAGCCCGUUUUUAAGGAGAAGUAAUACUUUAAUCCAUUUCAUUCUAAAUUAAUUUCUCAUUCAUCAUUAGCCAGUGUUUCUGCUCUAAACAAUCCAGGCUACGGUCUUUAUUUUACUUUAAACAGUCUCACUAUCAAACUAGAUAGGUACUCACUUUACUUACCCCAUGAUGACCAUUGUUGAUGUAUUUGGCCACCACAGGGUAUAAGCCCUAAGUACUAUUGAUGUUUGUCACUGGGUUCUAGCCUGAAUCUCAGUCUGACAGACAUCACUAUCUCCUCACUAUAAUAGCUUGUUGUCUUUGGUUAGGUUUGACUAUUGCAGGUUCAUAGAGCUAGACUACAUUCCAAUGGAGACAGACUAUAUGGUUUCAAUGCGCCCAACGGAUCGAGGAUAUCUCACUACCAAGUCUCCGGAGCGGCACUCUCGAAGGACAGCUGCCCCAGUCAGCAACAGAGAUCCCUAUGGCAACGCCUCUCUCAGCAGCAGCAGCACCAACUCUGGCUCCUGCAAGGGCAGUGAUUGCAGCCCCACCAAGGGGCGUCACAUGAAGGCAUACGCCUCAUGUACAGAUAACCAUGGCAUCCGCCCCCCUCCCCCAGAGCAGUACCUCACACCCCUGCAGCAGAAGGAGGUGUGUAUCAGGCACCUGCGGGCCCGCCUCAAGGAGUCAGUCGACAGGCUGCAGGACAGGGACUCUGAGAUCGAUGCGUUGAAGACCCAGCUGUGUCGGAUGCAGGAGGACUGGGUUGAAGAGGAGUGUCACCGCGUGGAGGCCCAGCUGGCUCUGAAAGAGGCGCGCAGGGAGAUCCAGCAGCUCAAGGAAGUGGUGGACGUAGUGCGCACCAACCUCAGCUCCAGUGACUCCACCGACACCGGUGUCCAGAAAUACUUCCAGGACAUCAACGUCCAGAACCACAAGCUGGAGACCCUGCUGCUCAGCAUGGAGCUGGCUCAGAACGGGGUGGCCAAGGAGCAGGAGGCUGCUGCAGCAAGAGGAGUGGCAGGGGGUUCUCGGGCUGGGAGGCCUGGGACUGCGGGAUCAUGGCCUGGGAGUAGUCCCGCUGCAUCAGGGACUGGAGGGGGUGGCUCCAAGAGUCUGUGUGGGUCCUGUGACGGCUCCCCCGCCCGUUCUCUGACCCAUAGUUCUACCUACACCAAGCUGAGCGACAAUGCGCUGGGGGAUAAGAACGGGAAUGGCCUGUCAGGGGAGGAGAACCAUGACAGCGGCUUUGUGUGCUGUGGGGAGAGUCGCAGUCACAGUGCAGCAAGCAGUCACAGGGCAGACUUACUCCUGGAGGCAGCAUUCCUAUCUGAGGAGACAGCCUCACUGCUCAGCACCUACUCCCACCUGCCACACUCCUCCACCUACGAGAAGCUGUGCACCGGGCAGGACAGGGUGGUGCCCCUGCGCUGUGCCAUGGGUGGGGCGGGCAGCACCAACCACUCCUGUCUGUCCCACCACCACCUUUACCUGCACCACCUCAGGGAGCAGGCCGUCCAGACAGAGAGCUGCCCCGUCCCGGUGGGGUUGGGCUACGCCUCUGACCUGGACACCAUCGCCGAGCGCACCUUCCGCUCUCAGGCCUGCAGCCCCACCUCCACCUGGGUCUCAGACGAGGGAGAGGACCUGGACUCGGUUACCAUGACGUCAGUCACCAUGACAACCCUCACAGCUACAACAGCUGAGCCCGCUCCUGGUACUCCUUUACCCUGCUCUGCCUCUGUCUCCUGUGCAGUGGAUAUGGCCUCCCUAUCAGUGAAGGAGGAUGGGAAGAUGGUGGGAGAGUUGGAGAGGCAUAUAGAGGUAGUGGGGGAGGGCGCAGUGGGGAUGGUAGAGGUAGGCAAGCAGCAGGAGGAGGAGGAGGUGGGGUUGGUACAGUUGUGUAAGCAGGAGGAGGUAAAGGUGCUGGGGUUGGUGGGGGAUGGGAAGCCAGGGGAGGUCAGGGAGUUAGAUCUAUAUAAUCAGAGGGAGGAGGUUUUGGAGGUGAAGAAUCAGAGAGAGAUUGAGGAGGUGAGGUCAGUGGAGGUGGAGGAGCGGCCCCACACCUCCCAGCCCAGGAGCAGCUCACUACAGGAGAUAGCUGGGGUGACAGUGGUGGAGGUUGAUGAUGAUGAAGAGGCUGAGGUUCAGGGAGCAGUAGGGGGAGCAGAGGAGUCUACCUCUUCUGAGUCUGGACCCGCAGUGAAGAGCUACUGGAGCCGCCACUUCCUGGUGGACCUGCUGGCAGUGGCAGUGCCCGUGGUGCCCACGGUGGCAUGGCUGUGCCAGGGAGCACGGCGCGAUGGACUGCCAAUUUACCACUUUGGCUCACUGCUGCGUGGCUGCUGCACAGUGGCCCUCUCCUCCCUGCGCAGGGGCGGGGGAGUCAGGCACUACCCCGUGGGCACGGGUGGGGGAGCCAUGGGGGGCACAGAGAUCUGAGAAAGGCCCCAUGACACCCUGGGAACUGCACACACACAGCACUACCCUCUCUGGUCCUGGGUCCUGGGUUUGUCCUCCACCUGAAGUACUGGGUAAAGAAAAGAGGGGAGCAAUGAUUUUGAAUAAAUUAUUCUGAAGACAGGACAGCCCCAGCAAACCGUAUAACCCUCUCCGGUGGUGGCCUCUUCCACCUCUUCUGCUAGACUGAGAAGGGACACCAGGAUGUGGUGAACUGACACGAAAUGGUGGAACUGAACGAUUCAAUGGAUACUGAAUGACCUGAGUGUGACUGAUGGUGAUUGUAACCACUCUCUCUUGUGUGCAGGGAGACUGAAAGGUCUGUCCGUCACUGUGGCUCUCUUUAUUGGUCCAGUUCCAUUUUGACUCGUGUGUAAGUAUGUGUGUGAUCACACGACAUGUGUGUUGUGAGUGUGCAGCAUGCGUGUUCUUCUCUGUGUUGUAUUGCGUUGUGUAGCCAAAGCACCUAGAUGUCUGGAGGCAAUCGUAGCCAUGGUUGUGCAGACGUUGGUAUGCUCAUUUACGAGUGAAUGACUGGAGUCUUGACACAUGGCAGUUGCCCCCUAAAGGUACCAGGCAAGCUGCUGCUGUACAUUUCUGCUUCCUGUCACUGGUGUCCUAGAUUAACAAUCACUCUUGUAGCAUUAAGUCCAUGUCCAUUGUCCAAGAGUUAGUCAUUCCAGAUCCAUGAACCAGAAACAUCUCAAGAAGGAAGCAAAUAGAGAUAUAAUAAUUGAAACUAAGUUUAUUUUUCUUUCAACAAUAGGGAAGGGAUUAUGGACUUUGAGGAUUGUGAUGGCAAUUUGUUGUUAUUGGGGUGUUUGCAGUGUUAUGCCUGAGUUGGAAGAAUCUGAGUGUCUUAUUGUUUUGGACUGUAAUAGAUGUAAAGUCAUUGAUGUGAAAUAGUUGAAAGACUGAGCAAGCAGACUGUACUGUAAUGUUUUAAUAUAAGUCUUUGUUAGCGAUUUAUGAGCCAAACAAGGGCUAACUGAUGUCCACAAGAUUGUGAUGCAACCAACAAGAACAGUCCUUUGAGUUGAAGUAUAUUGAGUUCUUUAGAGAAGAAACAGGAUAGAUCUUAUUUCUUUAGUAAUGUAUUAACAAUGUUUUGCACUAUUAUUCACUUUAUGAGGUUAAGCAAUUACUUGAAGUCAAGUUUGUGUGUUUCCAAAGUCGAAAGCGGCCACAGUUUUGCUUCUGAGGGUUUUUUGUGUUCAAUAUACUUUCUAACAGAUAUAGCUGUAUAAUGGAAUAUGUUUCAAAGUAAAGGUGCCAUUUUCCUUUGAACACUGAAAACUGUUGCCUUCCGUCCAUAACUUUAUUUUCCUGUGCACAGUGUUUUAGCCAUAGGGAAUAUCCUUCUCAAAAUGUUUUGCUGCUUUCUGGAAUGUGCAUUUGUGGUGUUGUUUCUCUAUUCCUCUUCAUUUCUGCUGCUUGACAAUCCCUUCUGUGCGUGUUUUUGCUCAUUUAACCUCUUCACGAUGACUUCCAGCACCUAUGAAUAGUGAAACACACGAGCAGCACUGACAAAAUAGAUUGACUGGUGAAUUAAUGAAAUGCUUGGAGUUGUCUUACACACCUUUCACUGUUGUCAUGUGCUUUAGAUUUUAACACUUUCCACAACCCUGUUGGAAUUUCUAAUGUGUCUUGAUAUUGUGCGUUGCUGUAGUUCGUCCCCUUCAUGUUUCAUCAUCGUGACCUGUGAAUGGUCCCCCUGCCGUUUGUAAAACCUGCUUGGUGUAAGUGGUGAGGAAGCCUCUGCAUUUUUAAAUUAAAAGCCAUACUCCUUCCUGUAAGGUGAAUGUGUUUGAGAAUGUCUCUAGCAGAAACACAAUGAUGAAAAUAGUGUGAAUGAUACUCAUAUUGAUAUGCAUUUAUAGAUGACUCACCUGAAGUCUCCGCAACCCCCCCCCGGAGUGUUUGUGGCAGACUAUUUCUGAUGUUUUGGCCAAUAAUUGGAAAAACAUCUGAUCUGUUUGGUCAAAUUACAAAUUAGUGGCAAUUUAUCAGAAUUUGGCUACCUGUGUAAACAAAGCCAUUGUGGGCUUGUUAAACCUGUACUGGACUAUUUUGUAUUUGUCAAGCAAUUUCAUUGGUGUUUUAACAGUAAAACAACACCCCUUCAUUAUGUACCUCUACGCACAACAAAUCAAGCUUAACAGUAAUGUGUGUGUCUGUGGUGUUAAGUGAAUUACUAAAGGCUAACGGGUCAUGCUUAUGUUGUAGUUACCGUCUGCUAAUUGCUUGUUAUUGCCCCACGUCUUCGUAUUUUCCUGAGUUUUGAAGCAUAAUUAGAUUUCUGAUGUUCUGGUCUUGCCACCAUAGUACUUUAACAAGCCCAGCUCUCUCCAUCGCACCACCAGAUGCUUGAUUUGAUAAUGCACUGCUAUGACGUUAAAGUGUAUCUGUCCUUUGACAUUUUAUUUUGGGAUAAUUCCCUUUCCCCACAGUGUACCGUUUUUGUGUGAAAUGCUUUAAGCAUCAACAAAGAUGAUCAGGGUGAUGGGUUUAUUUAUAGCUCAAAAGAACUACCCAAAUCACAUUGGGAGUCAUUGGACUUUGCGUUUGGACAUACCUGUAGGUCAUUGGAGCUUACAUUAGGACAUAUCUAUAGGUCAUUGGAGCUUACGUUAGGACAUACCUAUAGGUCAUUGGAGCUUACGUUAGGACAUACCUGUAGGUCAUUGGAGCUUACGUUAGGACAUACCUGUAGGUCAUUGGAGCUUACGUUAGGACAUAUCUGUAGGUCAUUGGAGCUUACGUUAGGACAUAUCUGUAGGUCAUUGGAGCUUACGUUAGGACAUACCUGUAGGUCAUUGGAGCUUACGUUAGGACAUACCUGUAGGUCAUUGGAGCUUACGUUAGGACAUACCUGUAGGUCAUUGGAGCUUACGUUAGGACAUAUCUGUAGGUCAUUGGAGCUUACGUUAGGACAUAUCUAUAGGUCAUUGGCGCUGACGUUAGGAGAUACCUGUAGGUCAUUGGACCUCGCAUUUGGACAUACCUGUAGGUCAUUGCUAUAUAUAUAUAGCACUUAAUGUUGAUAAAGCGGUAGUCUAGAGUGUUUUGUUUGGAAAGCAGUGUUUUAACAGGGUUGUUACUGUAUCCUACAUCCAUGUCACUCAUCUUUAUUUUACAAUGUGAUUGGAAUGUGAUAUUAGUACCUCAGAAAUAUUGUUUUUUAUACAUUCAGUCCAAGGAGACCUGGUGCACUGUAUUGUUGGUCUGAGAUAGGUUGUCAGUGUACAGUACAUGUGCAUUAAUGUGGGAUGUGUGAGGAUAUAGUCAUGUGAUAUUGUGUGGGUUUCUCUGGGAUAUACAGUACAAUCUUGGUGGAAAUCAUGACGUUUUCUCUUUGAGGGUAUUGUAUUGAAUGUGCAGUAUCAUAUUUUUUGUUUUUCCUUUGUCUAAUUGUCAGAUUAUUUGUUGUAUGUAAAGGGAUCUAUAUCAGAGACAUUUUUACCUGAAGGACAUUUUCCCUCCUAAAUGCCUUGUAUGGGGGAUCAAGUAGCCAUCAUUAUUAAUAGCUAUAGAUCAAUUAUCUUAAUGGCAAUAGUGUGUACAGUGCAGUCAUCACUGUUCAUGAGUACAGAUGCAUUUUCACUCCCACCAUACUGUAUAAAGCAAAACCAAAAGCCCCCAUAUUAAACCGCAUGAUGUAAAACUGA